UUCAUCGUUGUCAAACAUACCAAACUCUUUCAACACCUGUAGAUUAAAAUCGGCUAAGCUUCAUCAAAUCAAAUCCGAACUCAUCCAUGGCGAUUUCUCAAGCUCAGCCUCUGCUUCUUCUACUCUUCUCGCUCUUCCUCUUACCUUCUUUGCGCGCCACUUCUUUCCACAACUGCGAUAAGAGGCUCGAUCCCGUUAAGGUCAAGGGUGUGGAGAUCUCUCCUGACCCUGUUGUGAGUGGCGAAGCCGCUACAUUUAAGAUCACUGGUUCUACUGAUGAAGACAUCUCUGGAGGAAAAGUAGUGAUCAGUGUUUCAUAUUUUGGAGUUCAUGUCCAUACCGAAACACACGAUCUCUGCGAUGAGUCUUCCUGCCCAAUCGCACCUGGCAGCUUUGUCCUUUCUCAUUCCCAAACACUUCCUUCUAUUACACCCCCGUAAGUCAUAUUCUUGAAACUCUCAGUUUCCCACAUCAUUAUCAAAACUGGUUGCUUGGCUGAUCUCUCUUUGGAACAGGGUACUUAUACGCUUAAGAUGACGAUAAACGACAAGGAUGGCGGGCGACUGGCCUGCAUCAGCUUCAAAUUCAAGAUCACAUUGUUUUCCACGGUUUCUGCUAGUUAAGUUCUCCUGUGAAAAUAUGUUUGCCUCUUUUGUGAACCUCUCUCUGUCUCGUAGACUUUUGUGUGUUGUCCAAAUAAAAAUGCUCUUUUGAGGCUUGUGAACCUCUCUCUCUCUCUCGUAGACUUUGUGUUGUGUCCAAAUAACAUAAUCCUUUGAUCUACAUCUCAAUAUUUUGUUUCUCUAUAUU